AUUUCACCUGUCAUGUUUUUUUAACAUAAGGACGAUUUUAGAUGUCAAGUCAAAGGAUAAAAGGAAUAUGGCAUCUAGCAGACAACUUCAUGCGGCAGGCGUGCACUCACUCGUCCGACCUGAACUGUUCGCAGUUGACUUCAAGUGAGUCGUCAGCCGUCUUUUGACACAACUUGUCGGCUUUCUCCGGGUUUUCUUUAUUUACAUAACAAAAAUCUUGUAAUUCCGGUUGUAAAGAUGGAUCCAUCUCCUCCUGGAGUUCAAGAAUACUUCAGCUAUUAUCAAUAGGUGAUCAUUCGCCACAAAUGAACCAUAAUUAUUCGCAUUGGACACCUUGAACAGCUCAUUGCAAAUAUGGGGUCGAGUAUUAUCGGUUUGUUGACGAGCUCCACCAGCUUCCUCUACACAUUUCACGUGCUCUAUAAUUUCAUGUACUUCACGUCUUGCCAGAGCUACGAUAAGAACAUUCUUGUUAAAAAAGCCUCCACAGAUGAUGAUUUAUACCUCACGAGCCUCUGGAAACUCAUGAUAAAUACCUCUCUCUUGAGUGUAUUCAUGCUUCAGCACUCGUUCAUGGUCAACAAAACUGUCAAACAUGUCUACGAUAAAUUAUGCAUCCUGGAACUGGAGAGGAGUGUGUACAACGCAGCUAGCGCAGCUGCUUUGCACUUGAUAAUGAAAAAUUGGGAGGUGAUACCAUCGAUUUCGUUGUGGCAUAUCGACACAACUGCCAGCAACAAAUUGUGGCUAAUGUUCUCUGGAUUUCAUCUGUUGGCCUGGUUUGUCAUAUACAGUGGAUGUGUUAUGCUCGAUAUAUCCGAGCUCACCGGCCUCAAGCAGGUCUGGUACAAGAUGUCUAACAGGCCUUGUCCAAUGUCAACAAAGUCCAGGGAAUAUCAACGCUAUCUUCUCCACAUGCGACACCCCAGCUUCACUGCAUUUCUUAUUAUUCUCUGGGUUCAUCCUCUUAUGACAAUCGAUAGAUUUCUCAUGGCAUCGAUAAUCACUGUUUAUAUGCUGAUAAUGUGGGCCAUUGAUGAAAAAGAUUAUUACUAUCACGCCAUGAAUGUCGAUAGAAAACGACGAGAGUUAUCCUGAUUCAAAGAUUUAUCGAGUUAUUCGUUGCAUUAUGAUUUUGGAAAGAAAGGAACGGUGUAGACUGGCUUUCAUAACUUCAUAAUUUCGGAAUGUGUUCAAAGAUGAUUCUUCUUGUCAUAUUGCUUAAGGAUUGGGUGAUUGUGCCUUUGUAAAUAGACAAAAACGUUUAUACAUAUUUAUGUAUGUAUUUAUCAUCUGGAGUCCUAUUGGAGAAGAGAUGAUUUAUUAAUCGAUAUGAAAAACUUUGAGUUGCAAUAAAUGGUUGCUAACAAUUAA